UCGAAAGCACUGGGGUGGCGGGAAAUUUUUUAAGGAAAAUAACGUAACCAUGUCCAAUCCUACAAUGAAUGGAGGUGGAGACCACACAGAUCUCCAAGCAGACAUUUCCAUUGAUGACCCUGAAAUGUAUAACUUGAUAAAACAAGAAAAGGAGCGACAGAUGAGAGGACUCGAACUCAUUGCCUCAGAAAACUUUACGAGCAAGGCUGUUCUCCAGUGCUUAGGGUCCUGCCUUACAAACAAAUAUUCAGAGGGUCAACCAGGACAAAGGUAUUAUGGAGGGAAUGAAAUCAUUGAUCAAGUAGAGGUCCUAUGCCAAAAACGAGCCCUGCAGGCCUUUGGGUUGUCCCCAGACAAGUGGGGAGUUAAUGUUCAACCUCUCUCUGGGUCCCCUGCUAAUUUUGCUGUCUACACAGGAGUUGUUGGUCCCCAUGGUAGAAUCAUGGGUCUUCAUCUUCCAGAUGGUGGACAUCUUAGUCAUGGAUUCAUGACUCCUUCUAAGAAGAUAUCUGCCACAUCAGUGUACUUUGAAUCCUUCCCAUACAGAGUUAAUCCAGAGACAGGAUUAAUAGACUAUGACCAGCUUCAUGAAAAUGCAAAGCUCUUCCUUCCUCAUAUGAUCGUUGCAGGAGUGAGCUGCUACUCUAGACAUCUGGACUACAAACGAUUUAGGGAGAUCGCUGACGAGAAUGGAGCCUAUUUACUUGCCGAUAUGGCUCAUGUUAGUGGUCUUGUUGCUGCCGGACUUACCCCCAGUCCAUUUGAAUAUUGUGAUAUUGUGACCACAACAACACAUAAAACCCUUAGGGGACCUAGAUCAGGGAUGAUUUUCUACAGGAAAGGUGUUAGAAGAGUGAAGAAUGGAAAAGAGGAAAUGUAUGACUUGGAGAAGAGAAUUAAUGAAGCUGUGUUCCCCGGACUCCAAGGAGGCCCACAUAACCAUCAGAUUGCAGGUGUAGCUGUGGCAUUACAACAAGCAAUGAGACCAGAAUUCAAAGCAUACCAACAACAGGUCAUCAAUAAUGCACAGGCUAUGUGUAAAGUAUUUAUUUCUAAGGGAUACACUGUCGUAUCAGGUGGGACAGACAAUCACUUAAUCCUGAUUGAUCUGAGGCCAAAUGGUAUGGAUGGAGCCAGAGCUGAGAGAGUUUUAGAGUCUGUUAGCAUUGCUUUGAACAAGAACACCUGUCCAGGGGAUAAGAGUGCACUCAAACCAAGUGGACUCAGAAUAGGAGCACCUGCUCUUACAUCCAGAAACUUCAAAGAAAAAGACUUUGAACAAGUAGUAGAAUUUAUACACAAAGGUCUAGAAAUAACGAAAGAGGCAAUGCAGGGGUGUGGUCCACUACUAAAGGAUUUCAAAGCCAAACUAGUCGAAGAUCAAGUGAUAAAAGACAAGAUUGCCAAUCUACGCAAGGAAGUGGAAAAUUUUGCUCUCCAAUUUCCCAUGCCUGGAAUUGACAACUGGUGAAUAUUAUUGCUCCAAGAGAGACUGGAAUUUUAUUUUUAAUCCAGAGAUUAUUGAAUCUUAAACUGUGGGACAUAAUACUUUUACAGGAGAAAAUUUAGUGAAUGGACUUUUGAACCCGUGACAGGCAAAGAGGGAAAUAUUUGCUUGUGAAAGUUGGAGACAUUUUCUGUACAUUCAAAUAUUUAUGCAUCGUUCUGUUUAGGAUAUUUACUGUUCUGCUUUGCAUCAUGUAAUUGAUUAUGCACUACCAGGAUUCAUAAUUGUUGUAUAAUAAAUUUAAGUAAAUCUUU